AUGAACCCUCCCUCCUCACCAGUCGAUCAGAAAGCUCUUCAAGAAUUAUUUCACAAGCUCGAUCGCAAUCACGAUGGCCAAUUAACACUUUCAGAGUUCGAACAAGCUGCACACGAAUUAAAACUUCCCUCCCGUCAUCUCCUCAAAAUCUUCCAACAGAUCGACACGAAUCACGAUCAAUCGAUUACCUUCGAAGAAUUUUCAACCUUUCUCACUCAUCGCUAUGAUGAAUUAAAAUUAAUUUUUCAACAACUCGAUACCAAUCACGACGGAAAACUCGAUGCCAACGAAAUGAUGCAAGGCAUUCAAAAAGUUUACAAAUUAGGAGGUGCUGGUGCUGGUGGUGAUACUUCUCGUAACACUGUUACAGAUCAACAAUUUGUUCAAAAAUUAUUAAAUCGAAUGGAUGUGAAUCGUGAUGCAGAAAUUUCCUUUGAAGAAUUUCGAGACAUGUUGUGUCUCGUUCCCGAAGUCACUCUCGAAUCUGUGGUUGAAUAUUGGAGAGAAGCAAGUGCCUUGUUGAGUGACGAUGUCGAUUUGGUUCUCGUGUCAGGAAAGAAUUUGCAAGAACAAGCUGCAGUGAGUUUGAGAGGACCUUUUUCAUUUCUAAAUAAUGCAAGUAAGGCAGUUCUUGCCGGUGGUCUCGCAGGUGCCAUCAGUAAAACCGUGACAGCACCUAUGGAACGUUUAAAAGUAAUUUAUCAAGUUCAAACGAAAAAACCACCUUCCAUGUGGAUGGGACUCAAAGAAAUUUACACAGAAGGAGGAGUGAAAGGUCUAUUUCGAGGAAAUGGUGUGAAUAUUAUCAAAUCAGCUCCAGAAAAGGCAAUUAAAUAUGCUGCCUUUGAACAAGUGAAAUCCAUGUUGACCAAAAUGAAUGGAGGAGAGUCUUCGAAUGUGAUUACAUUUAUUGCUGGAUCGUCAUCGGGUGUGAUUUGUCAUACGGCAUUGUAUCCUUUGGAAGUUGUGAAAACAAGACUUUCUGUAGCUCCAACUGGUGAAUACAAUGGAAUGUUUGACGCCAUUUUCAAAAUUGCUAAAAACGAGGGACCCAUCAAGCCGUUCUUUAGAGGACUUGUUCCAAAUAUUCUAAAUACGAUUUGGACAUCUGGAUUUUCACUCAUGACCUAUGAUGCCAUGAAACAAGUUCUUGUAAAUCAUAGCCCUAAUGGUCAACCAAGUAUUGGAGGAUUAAUGUUUUGUGGAAGUGCAUCAUCGGUAUUGAGUCAAACAUUGUUUUAUCCACUUCAUGUGGUAAAAACGAGAAUGAUCAUGCAAGGAGCUCAUGAAUUGGUAGUCACUAAAAAGAAUUUGAAAGCCAAUGUGCAUGGACAAGUGGCCACUGCGACUACGUAUACAGGAAUGAUGGACGCGUUUGUUAAAAUUAUUCAACAAGAAGGAACCAAAGCUUUGUUUAAGGGUUUUGUACCAAGUAUGAUGAAGGGAAUUCCUGCUCAUGGUGUCACUUUUGGAGUCUAUGAAUUGGUAAAGAGAUAUUUGGGAUUUGAGGAAGCUGGUCACAAGAAGCACUAA